GCAGCAGCAGCGAAGCGAAGGAGGUGGUGGCGAGCGGCCCCCGGGCAGCCACGCAGCAGCCCAGCGGAGCAGACUCCCUCCCCGCGCGCCCCGCCAUGGCCUCGCCAACGACGUCGCUGCUGGUGGUCGCCGCCGUGGCCCUGUCGCUGUCGGCCGCCUCGUCGGGCCUGGGCGAGGGCGCCAACGGGAGCGCGGCCGCGACGGUGGUGACGGUGGCCUUGGUGCUGCCCGAGCACAACCCCAGCUACCCGUGGGCCUUGCCGCGGGUGGGCCCCGCCGUGCGCCUGGCCCUCGAGGCGCUGGAGCCGGCGCUGCGGGCCGCCGGGCUGUCGAUGCGCACCGUCAACGCCACGUCGGAGCUGAACGGCGCCUGCUCGGAGUCGGUGGCGCCGCUCCAGGCCGUGGACCUGAAGCUCUACCACGACCCGGACGUGCUGCUGGGGCCCGGCUGCGUCUACCCGGCCGCCUCGGUGGGGCGCUUCGCCUCGCACUGGGGCCUGCCGCUCCUCACGGCCGGCGCCGUCGCCUCGGACUUCAGCCACAAGAAGGAGCAUUACACCACGCUGGUGCGCACCGGCCCGUCCGCGCCCAAGCUGGGCGCCUUCGCGGCCCUCCUGCACGAGCGCUUCAACUGGAGCUCCCGCGCCGCGCUCCUCUACGUCGACCGAAAGACCGACGACCGGCCCUUCUACUUCACCAUCGAGGGCGUCUACCAGGAGCUCCGCCACGCCGGCCUCACCGUCGGCUACCACAUCUACGCGCCCCGAGACAACGGCAGCAGCAGCAGCAACGCGGGCGGCGCCGCCGCAGACGAUGGCGGCGGCCCGGACACCGCCGUGCAGUUCAUCCGGGCCAACGGGCGAGUCAUCUACAUCUGUGGGCCGCUGGAGAUGCUGCACCAGAUCCUGCGCCUGGCGCAUUACGAGAGCAUGACCCUGGGAGACUACGUCUUCUUCUACGUGGACGUCUUUGGAGAAAGCCUGCGAGCCGAGGGCAACCGGGAAGCGGGCAAGCCCUGGCAGAGCAAGGAGGGCCAGGACCCAGGAGGCCUCAAGGAGGCCUUCCGAACGGUGCUGGUGAUCACCUACCAUGAGCCCCAGAACCCAGAAUACCAGAGUUUCCAGAGCCAGCUGAUCCUUCGUGCCCGGAGGGAGUCCAACGUGGAGCUCAAUGACUCGCUGAAGAACCUUGUGGCCGGCUGCUUCCAUGACGGGCUCCUCCUCUACGCCAUGGCCCUGAACGAGACGCUGCAAGAGGGCGGCACCAAGCGCAACACCAGCCGCAUCCUGGAGAAGAUGAAAGGGCGCAAGUUCCAGGGGGUCACUGGGACAGUCAGCAUGGAUGACAACAAUGACCGUGACACAGACUUCAACUUGUGGGCCAUGGCGGAUGUGGAGAGUGGCAAAUUCCAGGUAGUGGGGCACUAUGUGGGAGCAGAGAAGCAGAUGAACUGGCUGGGAGCCAUCCCCUGGGUGAAGGGGGCACCGCCGCUGGACAACCCCCCCUGCUUUGACAUGGACGACCCCUCCUGUGACAAAAGUCCCCUCAACACGCUGGCCAUUGUGGCGCUGGGCGCGGGACUCACCUUCCUCAUGUUUGGCGUCUCCAGCUUCCUGAUCUUCAGGAAGCUGAUGCUGGAGAAGGAGCUGGCCAGCAUGCUGUGGCGGAUCCGCUGGGAUGAGCUCCAGUUCGGGAGUUCAGAGCGCUACUACAAGGGGGCUGGGAGCCGCCUCACUCUCUCCCUGCGUGGCUCCAGUUACGGCUCCCUGAUGACAGCACAUGGCAAAUACCAGAUUUUCGCCAACACCGGGCUCUUCAAGGGGAACGUCGUGGCCAUCAAGCACGUCAACAAGAAGAGGAUUGAGCUGACCCGCCAGGUCCUCUUCGAGCUGAAACACAUGCGGGACGUGCAGUUCAACCACUUGACGCGCUUCAUCGGAGCCUGCAUUGACCCGCCCAACAUCUGCAUUGUGACUGAGUAUUGCCCCCGGGGCAGCUUGCAGGACGUCCUGGAGAAUGAGAGCAUCAACCUGGACUGGAUGUUCCGCUAUUCACUCAUCAAUGACAUUGUCAAGGGCAUGGCUUUCCUGCACAACAGCAUCAUUGGCUACCAUGGGAGUCUCAAGUCGUCCAACUGCGUGGUGGACAGUCGCUUCGUUCUCAAGAUCACGGAUUAUGGCCUGGCUAGUUUCCGGCAGAGCACUGAGAGCGAGGGCAACCAUGCCCUGUAUGCCAAGAAGCUGUGGACGGCCCCAGAGCUGCUGCAAAAGGGGCCUCUGGUCCUCUCCCCACUGGCCAUGCAGAAGGCCGAUGUCUACAGCUUUGGGAUCAUCCUUCAGGAGAUUGCACUGCGCAACGGAGCCUUCUACAUCGAGGGCAUGGACCUCAGCCCCAAGGAGAUCGUGCAGAAGGUGCGCAACAGCCAGAAGCCCCACUUCCGCCCCACGGUGGACCUGCGGCUGCACAGCGAGGAGUUGGCCCUCCUGAUGGAGCGCUGCUGGGCGCAGGAUCUGACCGAGCGGCCCGACUUCGCCCAGAUCAAGAUCUUCAUCCGGAGGUUCAACAAGGAAGGGAGCGCCAGCAUCCUGGACAACCUGCUCUCUCGCAUGGAGCAGUACGCCAACAACCUGGAGAAACUGGUGGAGGAGCGCACCCAGGCGUACCUGGAGGAGAAGCGCAAGGCCGAGAACCUGCUCUACCAGAUCCUCCCCCACUCGGUGGCUGAGCAGCUCAAGCGUGGGGAGACGGUCCAGGCCGAAGCUUUUGACUGCGUCACCAUCUACUUCAGCGACAUCGUGGGCUUCACCUCCCUGUCGGCCGAGAGCACCCCUAUGCAGGUGGUGACCCUCCUCAACGACCUCUACACCUGCUUCGAUGCCAUCAUUGAUAACUUUGACGUCUACAAGGUGGAGACGAUUGGUGACGCCUACAUGGUGGUGUCGGGGCUGCCGGUCCGGAACGGGAAGCUGCACGCCCACGAGAUUGUCCGCAUGGCGCUAGCUCUCCUCGAGGCCGUCAAGACCUUUCACAUCCGGCACCGGCCCAACGAGCAGCUGCGCCUUCGCGUUGGCAUCCACUCGGGGCCUGUGUGCGCAGGUGUGGUGGGCCUCAAGAUGCCCCGCUACUGCCUCUUUGGGGACACCGUCAACACAGCGUCGCGCAUGGAGUCCAGCGGCGAGGCCUUGAAGAUCCACGUCUCCAGCACCACCAAGGAGAACCUGGACGAGUUUGGCUGCUUUGAGCUGGAGCUGAGGGGGGAUGUGGAGAUGAAGGGGAAGGGCAAGCUGCGCACCUAUUGGCUGCUGGGCGAGAAGAAGAAGAACGUGGUCAUCUGAUGUGGCUCCUCCCCCUCCUGUGACUCCUCCCACUUACGGGUACCGGGCAGCAGGCUCCUCCCACCGCCAAGAGCCACCGAAACCCCCCUUUGCCUUGGAGCAAUAAGGCCCCCCCCCCAGCCAUGAGAGACAGGCGGGCGGACGGAGAGAAGGAAGCACUUGGAGCCAUAUCGUCCCCCGGCCAUGAGAGGAAAGAGAGAGAGAGAGGAAGAUGGGGCAGGAGGGGCAGGAUGAGAGCGCCCCCCCCCCGGGAUGUGCCCAGGGCUGGGUCUUGCCACCUCCUCCAUCCCUUGCCCCCGCCCAGACCAAGAUGCGCCAGCAAGGAGGCCCCAGGAGCCCAGGGAGAGGCAGCGCACCUCUCGGAGCACGGAUCAUCCCAGGCCGCUUGUGCUCCCCACGCCCAGCCGGGGGGCUGGCUGGUUCCUGACCCCCCCCCCUUGCAGAUGGGAUCCUGCACCACAACUCAGCCGGCUGAGCCAACCCAGAGCGCCGCUGUUCCUCCCCCCUCCCUCCGGGUGUAAAUAUAGUGCAAAAUAUUUUGUCGAAAUACAGACUUUUUAACCUG